GGUGUCGCUAUCAUACUGUAUAUACUUCCGGUUCAUUCGCUUCCACAAGGUCUUCACAGAAUGGCAACUCAACAGCAUAAUAAGAAGAAGAUUUGUUACUAUUAUGAUGGUGACAUUGGCAAUUACUACUAUGGUCAGGGGCACCCCAUGAAACCACAUCGAAUAAGAAUGACUCACAACCUCAUUCUAAAUUAUGGACUGUAUAGAAAAAUGGAAAUAUAUAGGCCACACAAAGCCACUCAAGAAGAAAUGACGAAGUUUCACAGUGAUGACUACAUCAAAUUUUUGCGUAGUAUUCGGCCGGACAACAUGUCUGAUUACAACAAGCAGAUGCAAAGAUUCAAUGUAGGAGAGGACUGUCCUGUGUUUGAUGGGAUGUACGAAUUCUGUCAGCUCUCAACGGGGGGAUCUGUAGCUGGAGCAGUGAAACUGAACAAACAGGCUGCAGACAUUGCUGUCAACUGGGCAGGCGGCCUUCACCAUGCAAAGAAAUCUGAAGCUUCAGGGUUUUGCUACGUCAAUGACAUUGUGUUGGCCAUUCUGGAACUCCUAAAGUACCAUCAGCGUGUGUUGUAUGUAGACAUUGAUAUCCACCAUGGCGAUGGCGUGGAGGAAGCCUUUUACACCACGGACCGUGUGAUGACUGUCUCAUUUCACAAAUAUGGAGAAUAUUUCCCUGGUACUGGGGAUCUCAGGGACAUUGGAGCAGGGAAGGGUAAAUACUAUGCUGUCAACUUUCCUUUGAGAGAUGGAAUUGAUGAUGAGUCAUAUGAAUCAAUCUUCAAACCAGUUAUGACCAAAGUUAUGGAGAUGUACCAACCAAGUGCAAUAGUUCUACAGUGUGGGGCUGAUUCUCUGUCAGGGGACAGACUGGGCUGUUUCAAUCUCACACUUAAAGGACAUGGUAAGUGUGUGGAAUACAUGAAGAAGUGGAACCUGCCUCUGCUGUUACUGGGAGGGGGAGGGUACACAAUCAGAAAUGUGGCCAGAUGCUGGACCUUCGAAACCUCCAUAGCUUUGGGAGUGGAAAUUGCUAAUGAGUUGCCAUACAAUGACUAUUUUGAAUAUUAUGGACCUGACUUCAAGUUACACAUCAGUCCUUCAAACAUGGCUAAUCAAAACACUGGGGAAUACAUGGACAAGAUCAAGACACGUCUUUUUGAGAAUUUAAGAAUGCUACCUCAUGCACCUGGUGUUCAGAUGACAGCAAUUCCUGAAGAUGCUCUGAAUGAUGAAAGUGGAGAAGAGGAAGAUAAAGAAAAUCCAGAUGAAAGGAUAUCAAUUCGAGCCAGUGACAAGCGUGUGACGGGCGAGGGGGAAUACUCAGAUAGCGAGGACGAGGGAGAGAGGAAAGAUAGAGCCAACUAUAAGCCUAAGGCUAAAAGGAUGAAGACUGAGAAUGAAGAGAAGAAAGACACGGCAGAGAAAGGAGCAAAGAAAGAAGAAAAAGAAGUUAAGAAGGAAACAGAAAAUAGCAAAGAAGAAACCAAAGCCCCAGAAAAAAGUGAGGAAAAAUCAGAGACAGUAGAGAAAAAAGAGACGUCACCAGCCAGUAUAAAAGAACCAACAGCAGCUGAAACGAAAGAAUCUAGUGAUUCAAAUGGUACACCACAGAAAAUGGAGCAUUGAAUUACAGAAAAUAAUGACUAAUGACGUCAUUGGUGAAAUGAAAUUCUUGACAAAAUUUUCAUUCUUUUUACAUGGAUUUGUUGACAAAAACUUGUCAUUUGUUUUAAGUCUUGAGGACUAUUAUGCAGCUGGACCAUGUUUAGAGUCUCACCCUCAUUGCAAAUUACCUAGCAGAACAUGAAAUUCACGGAAGAUUUCACCCUUCAUACUCAAUUGCUUCAUUUCAUUGUACAGAUCACAGAAUAAUAAAUAUGGACAUUCA